ACGCGAAGCCCUAUAUACCCGCCCACCGGGAAGCCGGAGGUACCAGUAGGGAGGAGACGAGAGGUCGAGAGGAGCAAAAUCCAAGCAGGAACCGGCGGCUGGCUUCAUUUGGGGAGAACGAGAGCGAGAGCGAGGAGGGAGACUGGGAGAGGGGGAUGGCUUGCCUUCACGAUCACAGCUGCGAGGAUCACAACUGCGCCGCCGACUGGUCGCUCUACAACCACAUCGACAUUCCCAAGGUGGUGGCUCUGAACGAAUCCGUGCCCGGGAGCGUCAAGUCGGUCUUCAAGCCGUGGGAGCAGCGCCUCGACACCUCGGGGGGUUUUCUGGAGAGUAAUGAGGGUGACCCUGAGUUACUUAUUUUCAUCCCGUUCACAUCAGAUGUUAAGAUCAAGAGCAUUUCUGUUGUUGGUGGCGCUGAUGGAACAAGCCCUUCAAGAAUGAGAGCAUUUAUCAAUAGAGAAGGUAUUGACUUUUCUGAUACUCAAAACAUGCAGCCUGUGCAGGAAUGGGAGUUAGCAGAGAACCUGCAAGGAGUUCUUGAGUAUCAAACAAGAUAUUCAAGGUUCCAAGGUGUAGCUAACCUAACGCUGCAUUUUUCUGAUAACUUUGGUGGCGAUACAACUAAGAUUUACUACAUUGGGCUACGUGGUGAAGCCACUCAGAACAAAAGGGAUGUUGUGGCGACAAUUGUGUAUGAAGUAAGGCCCAACCCUUCUGAUCACAAAACAAAAUCUGAGACCGGAGGUGGUUUCUCGCAUGUUGAGUAGGCAUCAUGCCAGAGCUUCAGAAGCAGAAGCUGGGUACUGCAUCAUCUGGAGGCAAAUGCGACCACUCUCUCUUCCAUCAAUAAGAUAAUCCCAGCUAGUAGACUUUUAGCUUGACUUUUGAGUACAUAACUCUGUACCUGUGGAUGCUGUAACUUGCUGCUAAUGCUGUUAUCAGAGUUGGUCACUCGUAUAAUUUAUCGGUCUCUAAGUUCUGGUACU